AUGCCUAAAAAUGCUCAAAAUAAAGGUCCUUGUGCAAUAAUUGAUUGUCAGAGUAUUAUUGAUACUGAUAGAUUUAGAACAAUUACUGAUGCUGCAUUGGAAAAGUUGCAAGAACAUCCAGAUUAUACAAAUUUUAAUUAUUUAAAGCUUAAUGAUCAACUUUGCCAUCCUCAUUAUAUGAAAUAUGUUGAAUCAGCAAAACGUAGAAGAUUAAACUUAAAAGAUUCUAAUAAAGAUAGCAUUGAAAAAAAAAAAGCAAAUGAUAAUUUUUUUGUAGAAGAUGUUAAAAUUAAUAUCAAAAUUACUGAAAAUGGUGUUCUCUUAUCUGAGGAAGAUUUUAAAUUAUUAGUUCAAAAAAUUGAUGAUAUGGAAUUUACAAUUGAAAAAAACCAAAAUGAAAUUGAACAUCUACUUGAGUCAAGUGAUGUUUAUUUAACAGUUCAAAAUAACUUAAGAAAAAGUAGAUGA